AUGAGACCACGUAGGCGCUAUCAGCGACCCGCAUCAGAUCUUCCAGAGGCACGCUCAAUCUCCCGCAGGCGCUCUUUCAGAGACACACUCACCUACCGUUGUCGUUCUGCCAGAUGCACGCUCAUCCACCACAGCCGCUCUUCCAAAGGCAGGCUUAUCGAUCGCAGCUGCUCUUCUAGGGUCACGCACAUCAGCCUCGCAAACAUAAACACACUCACCUACCGCAGUCACUCUGCAAGAGGCACACUCCCUACCCGUAGCCGCUCUUCCAAAGCCAUGAUCAUCGACCGCAGCCGCUCUUCUAAGAGCACGUUCACCAACCGUAUCCGCUACUACAGAGGCACACUCACCCACAGCAGCCGCUCUUCCAGAGGCUCAACAUUCCGCAACCACACUUCAAGAGGCACAUUCGAAACCUACAACCGCUCUUUCAAGGGGCGCGCUUCCAACCUGCAGCCGUUCUUCCAGAGGCAUACUCCCCACUCACAGAGCUGCUCUUUAAGAGGCGCUUUCCUCAACCUAAGCGGCUCUGAAGAGGCAAUCUCCCCGACCACAGCCACUCUUCCAAAGACCACAGUCGCUCUGCAAGAGGAACGCCCUACACCUGCGGCGACUCUUUUGGAGGCACGAUCUACGCCCGCAGCCUCUCUUCCAGAUACACCCUCCCCACCCGCAGCCAUUCUCUCUGAGGUACACUCCCAACCUACAGCCGCUCUUCCAGAGGCACACUCUCCAGCCGCAGCCACUUUUCCAGACGAACACUCCCCACCCGCAGCCACUCCUCCAGAGGCAGGCUCCCCAUCCGCAGCCACUCCUCCAGAGGCAGACUACCCACCAGCAGCCACUCUUCCAGAGGCAGGCUCCCCACCCACAGCCAUUCCUCCAGAGGCAGGCUCCCCACCCAGAGCCACUCUUCCAGAGGCAGGCUCUCCACCCACAGCCACUCCUCCAGAGGCAGGCUCUCCACCCACAGCAACUCCUCCAGAGGCAGGCUCCCCACCCACAACCACUCCUCCAGAGGCAGGCUCCCCACCCACGGCCACUCCUUCAGAGGCAGGCUCCCAACCCACAGCCACUCUUCCAGAGGCAGGCUCCCCACCCGCAGCUACUCCUCCAGAGGCAGGCUCCCAACCCACAGCCACUCUUCCAGAGACAGGAUCCCCACCCACAGCCACUCUUCCAGAGGCAGGCUCCCCAUACACAGCCACUCCUCCAGAGGCAGGCUCCCCACCCGCAGCUACUCCUCCAGAGGCAGGCUCCCAACCCACAGCCACUCCUCCAGAGACAGGCUCCCCACCCACAGCCACUCCUCCAGAAGCAGCCUCCCCACCCGCAGCUACUCCUCCAGAGGCAGGCUCCCCACCCGCAGCUACUCCUCCAGAGGCAGGCUCCCCACCCGCAGCUACUCCUCCAGAGGCAGGCUCCCCACCCACAGCCACUCCUCCAGAGGCAGGCUCCCCACCCACAGCCACUCCUCCAGAGGCAGGCUCCCCACCCACAGUUAUUCCUCCAGAGGUAGGCUCCCCACCCGCAGCUACUCCUCCAGAGGCAGGCUCUCCAGCCGCAGCCACUCCUCCAGAGGCAGGCUCCCCACCCACAGCCACUCCUCCAGAGGCAGGCUCCCCACCCACAGCCACUCCUCCAGAGGCAGGCUCCCCACCCACAGCCACUCCUCCAGAGGCAGGCUCCCCACCCACAGCCACUCCUCCAGAGGCAGGCUCCCCACCCGCAGCCACAUUUCUAGAGGCAGGCUACCCACACACAGCCACUCCUCCAGAGGCAGGCUCCCCACCCACAGCCACUCCUCCAGAGACAGGCUCCCAACCCACAGCAACUCCUCCGGAGGCAGCCUCCCCACUCACAGCCACUCUUCCGGAGGUACAGUCCCAACCGGCAGACACUUUUUCAGAGGCACUCUCCCGACCAACAGCCACUCUUCCAGAGGCACGCUCCCCGACCACAGCCACUCUUCAAGGGGUACAGUCCCCACCCACAGCCACUCUUCCAGAGGUACACUCCCCACCCGCAGCCACUCUUCCGGAAGUACAGUUCCAACCCGCAGCCACUUUCUCAGAGGCACUCUCCCGACCCGCAGCCAUUUUUCCAGAGGCAGGCUCCCAACCGCAGCCACUAUUCAAGGGGUACAGUCCCCACCCGCAGCCACUCAUCCAGAGGCACACUCCCCACCCGCAGCCUCGCUUCCAGAGGCACUGUUCGCAAUCGCUUCCGGUCUUCCAGAGUUACACUCACCACCUGCAGUCGCUCUUCCAAAGGCACUCUCACCUUUCCACGACCGCUCUUAGAGAGCAACACUCACUGACCGCGGUCGCUUUGGAGGAGGCAUGCGCUCCACCUGCAGUCAUACUUCCAGAGGAAAGCUUACCACCCGCAGCCAUUCUUCCAGAGGCAUGCUCCCCACCAAUAGCCACUUUUUCAGAGGCACGCUCCCCACCCAUAGGCACUUUUCCUGGGACACGCGCACCGACUCGCAGCCUCUCGCACUCAUUCAACCACCGCAGCCGCUCUGCCAGAUGUACGCUUACCAUCCCGCAGCUACUCUUCUAA